AUGGAGUCUUCGGCUGCUGCUGGCCCGCGGCCGAGAUCCGCGCCAGACGUUGCUACGCUUUCUCCCGGCGUGCUCAACAAGACCUGGCCCAUCUUGAGUCUCCCUCCCGCUCCCGCCAAUGAGCCCCAGACCGAACAGCCCGUGGGGCACGCGCCGGGCCAGGUGUGGAAGCGGUCGAGCCUCGCCAACCAGAUGAAGUACACCCACCAUUACCACGAGCAAGCGCUUGCCAAGAACGAGGGACCGCAGCAGCUGGAGGUCUCGGUCGACGUGUUCUGGAGCAAGCACGGCUUCUGGUCUUGCUACGAGCCCACAGAGGCCGAUAACGAGGCUCUGGAGUCGGCCGCCGAGAAGCCUGCGUCGGAUCGGGACGACGCCCUUGCUUCCUACCCCAGCGGCAACCUGGGCGGGCACGAGGUCUACGUCGACCAAUUCGGCAUUCACUACUACUAUCACCAAAAGCCCACCGUCCGGCUCAAUCCGGAUAUUGCUGAUGCCCAGGCUAUUGGCGUGGAGGCUGCUUCUCGAGAGCAUGGUGCCCAAGAAGAGCACCCCGCCAGCGCCCAAGGCAGCGUGGAUGGAGAGAUGGCAGAGAGCACCACUCAAGAGCAGGUUGCUUCGGGACUCGACUCCUACACAGCGGCUGUGGAGGCUGCCAUUCAAGAAGAUGCAGCCCAAGAGAAAGUCGUUCAAGAUGAUGCAACCCAGGAGUCUGCGGACCAAAAGGGUGCCGCCCAACGAGAUGUCGUCCAAGAACAUGCCACUCACGAGGAUGCGGUUCAAGAGGAUACCGCUCAAGAGGGUACGGCCCAUGACGAUGACGCCCAAGACGAUGUCUUCCAAGAGCAGCCUCUGUCUCUGGUUGCUUUUGCGGUUGCUGCGGUUGCCCGUCUGGCACAAGCAGAUGCAUCCCAGCAGCAGAGCGACGACCAAGGCCAGCCUGUUCCCGCGACAGGCUCCCACACCGCCAGCCUCGAGGCGGAUACCAAAGGCGAUGCCAUCAAAGCUCUUCCCCCGGCCUCUGCUGUGCACAGCCAUGCCGCCGAGACCGUGGUCCAAAAUGACGACAUUGAGCCGCAGAGUGUUCUUGCAGGCGAGGGCGAGAUGACUGACGCCGAGGCCACUGACCUCUCUGCAAACAUUGGCUCUCCUUCACAAGAGCCGGCUGCUGGCUCGCUCACCGAGGAGGCCGAGGAAGCGUUCGGUUCUUCCCCGACCCUCGUCGAAGCCACUGGACUGGCGACCAUUGCCGAGGCCGAAGAGGGUGCCGGUGAAGAUGUCCCCGUGGGCUGGCGAGCGAGUCCAGCUGGAGCUGCAGAUAUGGCAUCGCAGACCGUGUCUCCUGUCAAGGCCGUCAUGAGCAUCGAAAACAUCACGCUGCCGGCUCACAAGGAGCAGGUCCCCGAGACGGCAGGUACCCUCUUCGCUGCGGUUGCGCUACAGGCCGUCCAAGACCAGGAGCCGUCGGGCCAUCAGAUGAGCGGCGCCCCCGACGGCCAGGUUGUCGAUACCGAGAUGGGUGGUCUGGCACAGCUUGGCCACGGCUUUGACGCCUUUUUCCAAGGCACUCUCAUGGGUGACCAUCACACUCCUAUGGCCGAGGCCUCACAGCCCCGGAGCUCUCUGAAGAUGCAUGAGCUGCUGAACGACUCUUUCGAAUCGAUGCCCGCCAAGGAGCUUGCGCAAAACAUGGUCGACGACGACAUGGCUGAUGUGCCAGCCCCCGGGGGCGACAACUUUCUCUUCAGCGCCACAACGACCAGCCAGCCAGCAGGCUCUGACGGGAUGAUGGUCCUUGACCUAGCGAACAUGAGCUUCUUGGAGAGCAACGCCGUCGCUGCUGCCAUUCCCGAUGCUGCUGCUGUUGCCGAGAACGACGUUAUGUUGACGGAGCUGUCCGACAGCAGAGCCGAUGGCGCUAACAAGACGGCGGACGCCAGCCAGACCGAGGCCAGGGACAAGGGCAAGCGCAAGGCCACCUGGGAGGACCUCGUCGAGGUGCCGCCGCCGCCCAAAAAGAAGGCGCGGCGCAGCGAGAGCCCCCUGGAGCUUGUUGAGAUCAGCCCGGAGUCGUGGAACAGGUCCAACAAGCGCGCGGCCGAUUCGCAGCAGCCCGCGCAGGCGUCGCUGCCGGCCUUCAAGAAAGCCAGGGUGUCAGAGGCGGCGGCGUCGGGCAGCCACGCCACGCCACCUCCGUCCUCCCCCACUGCGCGCGGCGGCAAGGACGACGACGACAGCAACGACGACGGCGACGACGACAGCGACAGCGAUAGCGACAGUGACGACGAGCUGCCAAGCGUCAAGACCAUCUGGGAGAGGGUGAGCUCCACUCCUCCGCCCCCGCCUACCGCGCCCAACGCACCCACCGCCCACACCAAGAGCAAGCAGGAGCAGCGGCGCCCUAGCCUCCCUCGCCACCAGCCUCCUCCCCCCUUCAACGCCGGCCCUGGUGCACAGCACGCCCCCGCGGGAGACAGGCCGCCGGUCGACGAGAAGAAGAAGAGAGAGUUUGCCAGCAAGAUUGCCUACAAGGCCUUCCUGCUGGAUCUCGAGACCAUCAAGCGGGACGCGCCCCUUUUCAUCGGCCCGGUCGUGUGUGUGCGCGGCAUCCUGGCCACGCCCCAGCAGCAGCAGCAUCAGCAGCAGCAGCAGUGGAAGCCGCAGGGCCCGGCGAGGCAGCAGCAGCAGCAGCAGCAGCAGCAGCAGCAGCAGCAGCAGCAGCAGCAGCAGCAGCAACGGACUAGCGCCGGAGCUAGCGCCGAGAACCCCAUCUCGCUGGAGGAGCGGACCCCGUCCCCGCAGCCCGCGCCCGUCGCCAUCGACCUGACGCUCCCGCCCAAGUCGGCCAGCUCGGCCCCUUCGUCGUACCCGACGACGGGCAUGGGUGGCGGCACAACGUCUGCCACUGCUUCGGGCUCGCGACCUCUGAGCCAAGCCUCGGCUGCUCAAGACAACGCUCCCGGAGGGUUCGACGCCGCUCCGGAGACUCCCCGGCGCACCACGCGGGCGCAGGACCGCGCCGCCAGGAAGCCGCGGCCGCCCCCGCUCGACGGAGCGGCCUUUUACGAACUCAACGACAGUGGCAACUCGGAAAAACUGAUGCGGUAUCAGGAUCGCAGCAACUUCACCGGCACCAUUCCUGGCACAGUGGUCCAAAGCCCGCUUGGCAACCGGCAGCCGGACCGGCUCCUGAUAGAGAAGUUCCGCGUCGACGCAGGCAUCGUUGCCGCCGCCGCGGGCGGCGAGGGCGACGCCAGCGGCAGCACCAAGAGCGCAUCGGCGGCCCUCAAGACCAAGCCGACAACCAAGCAGCAGCGCGAGCUCGUGCACCCCAAGAACGGCAGCCUGGACCGGCUGUACGGCCAGGAGGACGACCACGACCACGACCACCACCGCCACAAGGCCGAGAGCCCCGCAGCCGCCGAGGCGACCAAGCAGCGGCGGCGCUGGGUCGAGGACCGGCCGGCCGAGGCGGCGUUGCUGCGGGGGUUCCCGCUGGUCGAGCCUGUCGAGUUCCUGCGUAGCCAGAACCGGGACGACGAGGGUAAUUGCUACUGGAACGCCAUGGCAAUGCACGUUUACGGGCGGCGCGAUUGGGGCCCGCGCGUCAAGCUCGAGCACCUGCGCUUCGUCGAAUCGGUGCUGAUUAACGAGGACCACCCGCGGCACGCCGAUUACGCGCGCGUCAACCGCCGCUGGGUUGUCACAAGCGCCGAGGGCAUCGCCGAGCCCUUCGUCGCAAACAUGUGGCAGCUCCUGCACCUGCCGGGCAGUUGGACGCCGUCGUGGAUGACGCAGGUCACGGCCGAUCUGUACGGCCUAUUCGUGGUGCUUUACACGCUUGAAGAGGACCAGGAGACCAAAGCCGGUGGCGGCGGCGGCGGCGGCGGCGGCCCCAUCGUGACCGAGACGACGACGCGCGGCUCGUACAACGGCCGCCACGUCUUUUUACUCUUCGUCGAUAGGAACCACUACCAGCCCAUGGUGCCGAACCGGCACGACGACGCCGAGUUCCGCUGCCCGCGGCCGUCGCGCGCCCUGACCUGCAAUUAUAAGUUCGGCGAUUCGAGGCGCUGGGGCGACGGCACCUCCCACGCCUGGCGCCUGGACGUCUCCUUCUGCGCCCUGGGCAAGCGCGUGCCACCGGCCCUGCACGUCGACCACAACAUGGGCAGUACCAAGAGCGAGGUAGACCGACUUCUUGACGCCGUGAUUACAGGUGGCACUGGCAACUGGACCGCGUAG